AUGGUUGCUUUUGCGGUGGGCGGCCUGCUGGGUGAUACAAUCUUCCAUCUGUUUAGCGAGAUCUACGUGGGGGAAGAUGAUCCUACGCGUGCAAAGUUCGUUCUGGUCGAGCCUAACAGGAACCUACUACUUGGUGCUGCCAUCCUUGUUGGCUUCAUGACAUUUGUGGCGUUAGAUAAGGCAUUGCGGAUUGCAACGGGAGGCGAAGGUCACGAGCAUUCACAUGGCCAUUCUCACUCACACAAUGAGACCAGUGCGGCUUCAACAUCUGUCGAAGCCUCUGACAAGAAGGGCGCUAAGUCUCGAAAGAAGGGCAAUGGCUCGUCAAACAAGGGCCAGACGGAAGUUGCCCACGAGAAGGAGAUAAACCCCAGCGUAAAAUUGAGUGGAUACCUCAACAUGAUCGCUGACGCGACUCACAACGUCACCGAUGGUCUGGCCAUGGUCGCAAGCUUCUAUGCGUCGCCGACUAUAGGGGCUACAACGGCAGUUGCCGUCAUGAUACACGAGAUUCCGCAUGAGGUCGGCGACUUUGCUCUGCUGGUAAAAGCCGGAUUCUCGAAGCGAGCUGCGAUGGGUGCCCAAUUUGUUACGGCCAUUGGCGCCCUCCUUGGCACACUCAUUGGCAUCGCUAUCCAAGAGUUUGGUGGUAGCGGUGCCAUCGAGGGAUCCAUGCCCAUGAACGCCGGGCUUUGGGGCACCAGCUUGACCUGGGGAGACAUGCUCCUACCUUUCACUGCUGGCACAUUCCUGUAUGUCGGAACUGUCGCUGUCAUCCCUGAGCUUCUCGAGACUGGACCCAACAAGUUGGCGGAGGUCCAGAAGACCUUGACCCAGUUUGCCGCCAUAGCAGCCGGAGCUGGCAUCAUGCUCUACAUCUCUUGGCAUGACUAA